GUCGAUUGCUUCCCUCACCAAACCAAGAAGAACUUAAAGAAGAGAGGGAUUAAGCUUCCAAUCACCAUUAUAGUCAUUGACUGCUGUUGCAACGCAUAUUCAGCGAGGAUACCCUGCCCUUCAGGCCCCUUCUGCGGUUUGUUGCGCGACUAGUGUAUACCUGAAAAGCCGUCCCCUCCACAUCACCUCUCCACGCCUUGGAUUCGAGUUGAUAUAAGGAACUUCCCAAAAUGGCUAAAGGUCUCCGCUCCACCGUUAUGAAGCGCAAUAAGGCGAAGCUGCGUGCCGAAGUGUUUGGCCCAGUUGUUGAUAGGAGGACUGAAAGGCUUUCAGCAAAACUUCAAGAGCUGGUAGCCAAGCCAAAAGAAGUGAAUAUGAAUGAUGCAGAUAAACUCGAUGUGAGCAAGGAAGGAGAAAUCAAUGAGUCAAAAGAAAUGGAUAUUGAUGAACAACCGGAAGCAGCUAAGCAACCUGCUGGAAAUACCGGACGAAUCCAGAAAAGAGUUCGACGGAAGACACGGCCCUCGAUUACAUUUGCAGCACACCCUCAGAAGGCGAAGAGACUCAGCAAGCGGAAGUGAGGGAUAUGGCCUCAUUGAUGACUGAGUUUGUUGUCUUGCCUCGCAUGAUACCCGAUGCUCUAUCUAAAAGUCAUGGUCACUGUUUGGACUCGGCGUACUAGGAGUGCUAUAUUGAAAUUGGGCAUGCCCACUGGCGUUUGCGGAUUGUCUGGCUACGUUCCUAUAUGUUAAAUUAUCCUCAAAUAAUAAUAGAACUGUUAUAGACCUAGAUUCUUUGCACAUUGGAAGUAAUUCUUAUAAAAGGCCAAAAACAGAAGGAUAUAGAUGAAAGGUAAAAAAUUUCUCCAAUUAAUAAAUAAUCUGAGGAUAAUCUAUAAAAGGAGGAGCUUGUAGAUAAUCGGUGUACACAGCACAUGCUAACUAGAUCCAAUUUUCAAUGGUGGUCGUUGACUUUUUCAUCAUCAUAUUUGAAUAUUAU